ACUCGAGGACGUUCUUUCUGAGGAUCACGUCAACCCGCGCCGACUCUAUACACCAACAGCGCAUCCACCUACGUUGCCAUCAAAAUUUCUGGAGUACAUCACAAUCUGGUUAACCACCGAGUGAGAAGCAUUAAUUUUUUUUCAACACCUGUAACACCAAUGGAUCCAAAUUGUCUCCAACAUGAUGUAUGAGAAGAAAAUUAUCCAAUCAGUGACUCAUCAUGUGCUCUAAAACCUUGACCCAUUGACAAUAAUAUUUUUGAGUUAUAAUUAACGAUGUAAGGAUUAAUCGAGAAGAUUAAUCAAUUUACCGAGAUUAUUAACAAUGAAUGUAACCAAGUGCGAGGAGACACCGUGGCCUGUGAUUAUUAUCAUUUUGUUAUUGUCUGUUCAUGGUGGAUCUAGCAUCAAGUGGCUGGCUCUGGGGAAGAGCAACGAUGCGAGGGUGUGGACGAGGGAGGCGUGCACCGCUGCCAAGAGCUCAGGACUCCUGGAGAGAAAACAGGCCAGAGCUUGCAGAGCCACAACUGAUGUCAUGCCAAGUAUUGUUCAAGCUGCCAGGGAUACAACUGCUGUCUGUCAACAGGCAUUCAGGAAUCGACGAUGGAAUUGCAGUAGUAUCGAACGAGCACCUCAUUACACCCCUGAUUUGUUAUCAGGUACGAGGGAGCAGGCGUUUGUCUACGCCAUGUCAGCAGCAGCUGCUGUUUGGAGACUGGCACGUGGAUGUGCACUGGGAAACCUAGCUGCGUGCUCCUGUGCAACACCACCAAGACGAGAGCCACCCUCGCCAUCAGCCCUCACAUCAUCGACCUCGUUCACAUCAAAAUCCGUGUCAUUCGACGCAAUGUCAGCUAGAAAUUCUUUCAAAUGGGGUGGCUGCGGAGACGACGUCAGAUCAGCAUCCAGACUAGCCAAGAGAUUUCUCCAGGGCUCAAGCCCAACGGGAACAGGAUCCACCGCUAAAUUUAUGCACGCUGUUAAUAUGCAUAAUAAUCGCGCCGGUCGAAGGGCUGUGGAACAAUCAUUGACUCUGGAGUGUAAAUGUCACGGUGUAUCAGGUUCCUGCAGUGUAAGAACAUGUUGGCGUGGUUUAGAUUCGAAGGGUCCGUCGGCAGCUGGUGCACGAUUAUUCCGCAAAUACGCAACAGCCGCCGAAGUAAGAGCCAAAUCCGGCAGUCGUCUUCCGCCUCUAUAUCACCACGACAAUUUGUUGUACACAACUAAAAGCCCGGAUUACUGCAUACCGGAUAAAAAACGAGGCAGCCUAGGAACAAUUGGAAGACAAUGCAACGGCAGCAGUCCAGGAUACGAGGGAUGCGAAUACCUCUGCUGUGGACGUGGACACAUAACGAAGACCCGAGAAAUUCUCGAGCGAUGUCAGUGCAAAUACAUCAGCUGUUGUUACAGUGUACAGUGUAAAACAUGCAGAAGUGUGAUAACGACAUACGAGUGCAAUUGAACUAAAAUCAUAUCCUCCACAAAUUUAUUUAUGAAAAAAAUGCCACAACUCCAGAAGAAACU